UCCCCGCGCCCGCUCCGCUCUUCUCCUCCCCUCCCCUCUUCCCUUCCUUCCUUCCUUCUUCCUGGACUAGGCAGCGAUCAGCCCUCCUCGGUGUCCGCUUGAGGAACAGGUGAUCCCCGCUGGCGGCGGUUCCCGGACGCGGCUCGCUUCGCCUGCGUGUGGAGGAUGAUGAUACCCGGCGAGGCUGAGGCAGCGUGACUUUUACUCGGCCGGAGGAAAAACUUUCUGCCCUCCCGUUUGAAGGCGUUAAGAACACGUUGAAAAGCAGAAGAAGUUGGUUUUAAAGCUGAACUUCACUUUCCUGGGAUUUGCGUGUCAGAUUCAAAGGCUGCGUCGUUUUAUUUUUAUUCUUUUUUUUCCCCCAUCUCUCUUAUCUCCCAAAAGGAAACUGUUGCUAGUCGGAAUAGACUUUUUAAAUGUUUGGAAUUCAAGAUACUUUAGGAAGAGGACCAAUUCUGAAAGAUAAAUCUCUAGGUUCUGAGAUGGAUUCCGUCAGGUCCUGGGUCAGGAACGUUGGGGUUGUGGAUGCAAACGUAGCAGCACAAAGCGGAGUAGCUUUGUCCAGAGCCCACUUUGAAAAGCAGCCACCCUCCAACUUGAGGAAAUCCAAUUUCUUUCACUUUGUUCUGGCUCUCUACGACAGACAGGGGCAGCCCGUGGAAAUAGAGAGGACAGCUUUUGUGGACUUUGUAGAAAAUGAUAAAGAGCAAGGCAACGAGAAGACCAACAACGGCACCCACUACAAACUGCAGCUCCUCUACAGCAACGGUGUCAGGACGGAGCAGGAUCUCUAUGUGAGGCUCAUUGAUUCUGUCACCAAGCAGCCCAUCACUUACGAGGGGCAGAACAAGAACCCCGAGAUGUGCAGGGUGCUGCUCACCCACGAGGUCAUGUGCAGUCGGUGCUGUGAGAAGAAAAGUUGUGGCAACAGGAACGAGACCCCGUCCGACCCCGUGAUCAUCGACAGAUUCUUCCUAAAAUUUUUUCUCAAGUGCAAUCAGAACUGCUUGAAAACAGCAGGAAACCCACGAGACAUGAGACGGUUCCAGGUGGUGCUAUCGACAACAGUGAACGUGGACGGGCACGUGCUGGCAGUGUCUGACAACAUGUUUGUGCACAACAACUCCAAGCACGGGAGGAGAGCGAGGAGACUCGACCCCUCGGAAGCCACGCCCUGCAUCAAAGCCAUCAGCCCCAGCGAGGGGUGGACCACGGGCGGAGCCAUGGUGAUCAUCAUCGGGGACAACUUCUUCGACGGGCUGCAGGUGGUGUUUGGGACCAUGCUGGUGUGGAGUGAGCUGAUCACGCCUCACGCCAUCCGCGUGCAGACGCCUCCCCGGCACAUUCCCGGCGUGGUGGAAGUGACAUUGUCCUACAAAUCCAAACAGUUCUGCAAGGGAGCGCCGGGCAGGUUCAUUUACACAGCUUUAAAUGAACCUACCAUAGAUUACGGCUUCCAGAGGCUGCAGAAGGUCAUCCCAAGACAUCCUGGGGACCCCGAACGAUUAGCUAAGGAAAUGCUGCUGAAAAGAGCUGCUGACCUUGUCGAGGCCCUGUACGGGACCCCCCACAACAACCAGGACCUGAUCCUGAAGCGCGCGGCCGACAUCGCCGAGGCGCUGUACAGCGUCCCCCGGAACCCCGCGCAGCUCCCGGCGCUGUCCAGCUCCCCUGCCCACGGCUCCAUGAUGGGCAUCAACUCCUACGGCAGCCAGCUGGGCGUCAGCAUCUCCGAGUCAGCACAGGGAAACAACCAGGGGUACAUCCGUAACACCAGCAGCAUCUCCCCUCGGGGGUACUCGUCCAGUUCCACCCCGCAGCAGUCCAACUACAGCACCUCCAGCAACAGCAUGAACGGCUACAGCAACGUGCCCAUGUCCAACCUGGGCGUGCCCGGCUCCCCGGGCUUCAUCAACGGCUCCCCAACAGGAUCCCCCUACGGAUUGAUGUCCUCCAGUCCCACAGUGGGCUCCUCCAGCACUUCUUCCAUCCUCCCGUUCUCCUCCUCGGUGUUCCCUGCUGUCAAACAGAAGAGUGCCUUCGCUCCUGUCAUCAGACCCCAAGGGUCCCCCUCUCCUGCCUGCUCCAGUGGCAACGGGAACGGGUUCAGAGCCAUGACUGGUCUUGUCGUCCCCCCGAUGUAAGGAAGGGGCAGCUCUGCUGCUCUCCCUCUUCCCUUUUCUCCUCCUUUUUUUUUUUUUUUCAUUUUUCUUUUACAGCACAAAACUACUUAUUGUGAUGGACCACUAAAAAAGAAAAAAAUAGCACUACAAGCUCCUUUGUUUGGGGGAAAGCCAGGCCCAGGAGAAAAAAAAAAAAAAAAAGGAACAUUUUUUAUGGAUUGGACGAGCUAAAAGUCUGCAUCAUUUUCCUGUUUCAUAUUUCUGACACCACCACAUCAACUCCUCAAACACUGGGAAUGAAGAAUCAGCGAGAGCCAGGAUGAAGAAGAGUUGGCAGGACGGAAUUAGAAAUGCAAAGUCUUUCCUGGAAGACACGAAAACCUUCCUGAGAUUUGUAAAAUAUUCCAAGGGGAAAAAAAAAGAAAAAAAAAAAAAAAAGAAAAAAAAAAAGAAAUUGGCAAAAUGAUUCAAGCUCGAUAUUUUGGAUACGAUUUGUUUUACUUUGUAGGGGUGAAAAAAAAAGUUGAAGUUUCUAUUUUCUAUGGAGCCUUUCAGAUAUCGAUUUAGUUUAUGCAGAAAAACAAUUCAACAAAACAGGGUACCAGCAUGAAAGAAUUUCUAGGACAAACUGACACGAGUGAUGGAACUUUGGUGUAUGUGUGUAUUUGCUUAUAGUUUAACCUCUUUAAAAAAAAUGUAAGAUGUUUUACAAUUAUUUAAAUAAAUAAACUUGUAACUUAUUGUAUGUAGAGGUAGAAAUUAAACCCUUUUUUGGAUUUUUUUUUUUCCCUCCAGUUGUACAACGAAGAAAGAUGAUGCAAAAAUGCAGUGAUAAGUUUGAGAUAUAUUAUUAUAUCUGCUGCAAUUGUUCCUCACAUUUCCCCCCCUCUUACUGAAUUCAUGUGCAAGGAUGUGCAGGAUUCUUUCUGAUUUAACAAAACCCUCAGAAACUUUUACCUACAUUGUGAUAAACAGGUCCUGUAGGGAUUUUUUUUCACCCUCCUCAUCUCACCCCCUCUCCAUUUUUUUUUUCUCCAAUUAAAAUAUUCAGGUACUAAAAUUAACUGCUAAGUCUCAAAGACCCAGCUGACGAGUGAGUGGCACUGAGGGAUUUGAGUGAAUCAGAUUUUUCACUGAGUUUAUUUUAGGGAUUCAAUGUGUGAAUUAGGAGGGGAGGGGUCCUCUGGGGUUUUCCAUGGGGUUAGAACACCUUAAAUUCAGUUAUGCUUCAUAUUAAGGGUGCAUUUAUAAAGGGUGAACGUGUAUUUGAGUGAUUUAUGCACUUUUAUCCCGAGUCAUUAAAAAUGGUAAGUAUUUGCCAGUUAUAAUUGAAGUUCAUAGAGCUAAUCAAUUGCUUUGAUUUUUUCUGCAUUUUAGCCUAAAAAAAAGAGUUUAGUUCUCCUUUGCAUCUCCUCUCCUGAAAUUAGAAGGUCUGACAAAAUAAAUCACGAAUUAUCCAACUAAACCAGUGAACACUCAAAAGAAUUUGGUUGUUGGAAAGCGAUUUUUAGUAGGGGGAAAAAAUAAAAAAUAAAAAAAAUAAAAAUAAAAAUCAGCUACUCUAAAGACCCCUCUAAACCCCACCCAAUUAAAGGCUGCGUGGACAGUUGUUCCUAUGGAAACACCUUGUGGUUAAUUAAUAAACCCUAAAUAAGGCCCCAGGAUCUGAGCUGAUCCAUUUGCUCAGCAGGAUGGGUAAGGAAAAUUGAGAUCUGGGCGAUCUUUAGGGAUGGUGGAAGUUGAUGUGAGACGGUGGAACUGGGACAGCUUUGAUGGCUGAGAGCUCGUUUGGAGCUAAUUGGAGCUAAUUGGUUUGAGGAAGAGCCAGAACUGCUCUCUGCAGCUCGGGGGUGGUGGGGGGCUGAGGGACCCUCAGGGACACGGUGACACUGCAGGAGAGCAGGGCCUGGAACCAGAAAAUCCUGGAAUGGUUCGGGCUGGAAGGGACCUCCACGCCCACCCAGUGCCACCGUGGGCAGGGACACGUCCCCCUGUGCCAGGGUGUCCCAAACCCCUCCAGCCUGGCCCGGGACACUGCCAGGGAUGGCACGAGGUCCUCCAAGCUCCUUUCCUGGUGCUGGGCACAGCUCAGCUCAUGGAUAAAUCCUUUCUCUGCACGUUAAGGACAUUAAGGGACAUCUCAGAGGGGCUGGAGGCACCAGCUGGGCACCCCUAAAGGGGGUCCCACUUGUUGGGAAGGGGUUUUUGUGUUCCUGGCUGUGCUGGGAGGUUUGGCAGGGUCUUCAUCUGGUGCCUUCUCAAUGCCAGAGAGUCCCAUUUCAAAAGGUGGAGGGGCUUAAAUCCCACUGAGUCCCAUUUUAAAAAUGUUGAGGGGCUUAAAUCCCACUGAGUCCCAUUUUAAAAAGUUGAGGGGUUUAAAUCCCAUUGAGCCCCAUUUUAAAAAGGUGGAGGGGUUUAAGUCCCACUGAGUCCCAUUUUGAAAAGAUAGAGGGGCUUAAAUGCCAGUGAGAUCCAUUUUUAAAAGGUGGAAAAGGUUUAAAGUCCCAUUUUAAAAAUGUGGAAAAGGUUUUUCUCUUCUAAAACUCGAGGCCCGACUUCUAUCAGCAAAAACGACAAUUUAAAGAGAGAUUUGGUGGGAAUAAUAUGGGUUUGAGGAAUGUGGCUACAAUUAAUAUUUCACUGUCAGGCUACUGAAACUGGGUUCCACAAAAAAAUGAAAUAAAAUGAUCCCUGUUAAUUAGGGCUGCAGGUUGAUUGUCCUUAGGGGUUCUCUGCGUGUCCCUCGUGCCACCACGGGUCCCUGGAGGUCAACCUGAAACCUUGGCAGCCCUGAAAUAUCAAAGAAUCAUCGAUGUUAAAGGUCUGGGGUUGCACCUCUGAAAAACAGGGUCUGACCUGGGCGUUCCAAACAGCAAAACAGCAACAACAGACCCCAAAUAUUUCAAAUAUUCAUAGGUACUGAGAGCCCGGCAGGGCUGAGUAGGAGGUCCAAAUUCGUGUUACGAAUUCUGCAUUUAUCCAGGGUAAAAAGGGAUUAAGGACUGGAAGAGUUGGGAUUAAAACUUUCAUCAAUUUCAGUGAAAACACAUUGAGUCCUAAUUGCAAAAAUUAUCUUGGUGGGCCCAGGCUUGUUCUAUCCAAUCCUUUCCUCCAUUCCCUCUUAUUAAAAUCCCCAAACAGCUCCAAACCAUGAAGAGGGUGAAUAUUCCCCCUGCCCUUCUCUGUACAGGCUGCUUCUAAAAUUGAUCAUCAAAUAAACUCAACAUUCUGUCUGGCAAAUAUUUCCAGAUCAAUGGGAAUUUCCAGACCACCUGCUGGAGUUUGCUACCUUAAAUCCCCUCCCUUCUUUUUAACAAAUGGGAUUUUCAACAAAAAUCUCAGUCAGAAAAGUUUCCAAUUUAAAAAAAAAAUAAAAAUUGAGUUAUUUCAUGGAAAAAAUCUGGAUUUUGUCCAUCCUUCUGUUUAAUUUUUUGCUCGGUCAGCACAGGCACAUGAAAAAAAAACCAGAUCUACCACAUCACUGAAAUCUUGGGAAAAUUCAGGGGGAAAAACGACAGUCUGGCAAUAAAAAAUAAUAACAAAUAAAUAAACAAAUAAAUUUUAAAAAGUAAAAUUUCUGGAACACUGAACAUUCCUUUCACCCUCCAGCUGUUUUUAUCAGCUCUGUCCAGUUGCCCAGAGUCCAAAUGAAAAAGAGGAAACCUCCCUAAAAAGCUGCUCCGAGCCCUUGCAGAAGAGGAACUGCCUGUGUUGAGGCAAACAUGAAAAAUCUGAGCCAAAAAAAGAUGGAAACAAAUUAAACCUAGGAAUUAUUUAGAGCGUGGAUUUUGCUCAUGCAGGGAAACCACGGGACUGGGGAUGAGCGUAGAAUUAAUUGAGGUUUUCAGAGAAAAACACCCGUAAAUAAACACCACCAGAAACACUUGGACAUGGAAAAAGGACUUUGGCGGUGGCAAAACGCCCAACAAAAAUGGAAAAGAUGAUUUUAGAGUGGAUGUGUGAGGAUUUCUGAAGGGUAACACCAAGCCUGCCCUCUUUGAGUGGCUGCUGUCCACAAUUCCCCGAGAGUUUCCCUCUUUGGGAAAAUGAAAUUGCUGCAAGAGCUGAUGACAAAUUUCAUCAUCGCUCUGGAGGAGCUGGAUUGAGCUCCUGAUUUAUCUCGGUGGAGCGUCCUCCUCUCCCUCUUUCUUUGCACGGUUUCUCCAAACCCUCCUGUAAAUUAAGGCCUCAUUUCUCCCUCCUGUACAGUUUUGGGGUUGGCUGGUUGUUUUUUGGGUUUUUGUUUUGUUUUUGGGUUUUUUUUGCUUUGUCAGUUAUAUACAGUAUGAGGUUGCUAUGCACAGAGCUUUUGUAAAGAUAGCUUUUUGGGUUUUUUGUUUACUGUUUUUAAUGGUCCUACUUAUGGAAGAAUAUCUUGUUUGUAAAAUGAAUAUGUCUACUUUGGUUUUAAACUUUAAAUUAUCCUAACAAAAAAAAAAUAAAUUUUUUGUACUGUAAAUAAGGGGGGAAUUAUCUUAAUUUCAGUGUGUUCAAUCUGCUUCUUUGCCAUCUUUAUGGGUCACUCAGGGUAACAAUAACAUUUUUUUUAAAGUAUAAAAUGUUAUGUGAGAGUUUUUAAAUCAAGAUUUGAAGAUUUGCCUGUAAAACAUCCGACCACACUCGGGAGAGCCAGGUUGAGAUUAUGCUGGGAAUGGAUUAAGAGGGUAAUUAAUGAUAUUUUCUGACCAUUCCUUAAUUACAAAUGGACAAUACCUGUGUGAGAGUUCAGUCUUUUUUGGGAGGGAAAAGGAUUCGAAGGGUAGGACAGGGGGAUGUCAUUUUUGGACACUUCCCCUUUUUGUCAUGAAUAUGCAGCUGGUCAAAGAACAAAAUCAAAAUUAAAAACCGGGACUGACUGAUCCUGGCCUUUCCCUGGACUAAAUUUGGGGCUGUUUUAGGCACCUUUGUGCAGAACUCUGAGCAAACAAUGAACUGAUGCUGCAGAGGUGAACCCCAUUGGCUCCCCAAAAUAACUUGGAUAUAUUUUCACCCUUUUGU